CUUAGAGAACCAGCUGUCCUCCCUGACUGAACAGAGAGACCUGCUGAAUGCCACCCUCACUGAAAUGACCAAAGAGCUGCAAAGACAUCAGAGUUUGGUCAACCAGAAUAGAACUUGUCCUGCAGGAUGGAAGUCGUUCUGUGGUUCCUGUUAUCUCUUCUCAAACCAGGAUACGACUUGGCAAGACAGCAGACAAGACUGCAGAGUCAGAGGAGCAGAUCUGGUGAUCGUGGACAGUUUUGGAGAACAGGAAUUCAUCACGGACAACAUCGAGAGUCACACUUGGAUUGGUUUGAGUGACAGUGACAACGAGGGCAUCUGGAAAUGGACGGACGGCACUGUGCUGACUCAAGCGUACUGGGCGAGAGGUGAGCCUAAUAACAAUGGUGGAAAUCCUGGAAUUGGCGAAGACUGUGUUCAUCUCUACGAUCUAUCUCUACAAAAUCUAAAAGAGGAAAACUGGAAUGAUGACAGAUGUGAUGCGGUCAAACGGUGGAUCUGUGAAAAAAAAGAUUAGCAGUUAUUGAGUGUUGAAAUUAUUCAUUUUCAACUCAUUUACACUGUCUGUUAUUCAUAUGCAAAGGCUUAAUGUGCGUCGUUGUAAUUCUUAAGGAUAGAGUGAUAACAUUUAGUGGUUACUCUUUAUUUUACUGUAAACAAACCAUGACAUGAUCAUUAUUAUUACUUAUUAUUAGUUAUGCUAAUAUGUAGAUUACUUUGUCUUUUUUAUUGUUUAAUAACAUUUCAUAUGAUAUCAUGGGAUUAGCAUUGAAUCACAUAUGAACACAUACAAAACAUUCAAAACGUAACACAAAGUACAAGGGUAAAAAAACAUACAAGAGGGAGAACAAAAUUAAAUGAAGCAUAAAGGCUCAGUCUACUCCUACAUGUAUUGAUUUUACAAACUCAUGGAAGGUUCCCUGCAAUACAUCAGACACAGACUCAUUUAUGGGUCAGACAACCUCUCGUGAGGAAGAAUCAUUCAUUGUACUAAAUUGUUAAUGUGGGUGGAUGUACAUCAAGCCAAACAUGCAGGAUUGAAAGGCAUGCUGCACACAGCAUGAUACAGAACAUGUUUGACUUUGAACAGACAUGAAACUUACACCAAGAAUACAUAUGUUUGGAUCCAUUUUUGUUGUAAUGUCAAGACAUUUCUCAAUCUCUGUUUGAAUUUAUUUACUAUAUUGGAUUUCAGGGGAAUUUUUCUACCCACUGUAAUUUUUAGGGUGCUAUAUGGGCUAAUGCUGGGUCUUUGUAAUAUAGCAAUGAGUAAGGUCUUUUACCUGCUUUUGUAAAGUGUCUCGAGAUAACACUUGUUAUGAAUUGGCGCUAUGCAAAUAAAGAUUGAUCUGACUGAU